UUCAGUAAGGCUAAAUAGUCCGCUUUAUGACACCCGAGUACAAUAACUUUGACGCUCAUGUAUGAACUACCUACCUGGGUUGAACAGCACGGCUCCUUUCAGAUACGCAUACUCCUUCGUACUGAUAUCUACACUCCAGCACUUCUUCAGGAAGGCUCGAAUAGUGUCGAUAUCCACGACAGAGACCCCGGCGGCCCCCCUGCUCUGGCCGGCCGUCGGCACCUCGCUCUGCCUGUCCGGUAAACCCGUGAGGAUGCGCUGCAGCAUGCUGGGCUCCACGGUCUCCGUAGUGUCAAAGUCCACCCGGUCCUGCGCGAGUCCCAGCACGAGCAGAGGCGCCCAGCAGCUCCGGAUCAGCGUCAGCUGGUCGUCCUCCGGCAGCUCGCGAAAGCAGGGGACGUUCUUCACGAACCGCAGCGUCUUCACCAGGACCGCGGAGGCGGCUUUGCACGUCACCUGCGGGGAGCGGAGGACGCCCCGGCGCCGGGUGGAGCCGCAGGAGCAAGCCUGCUGCCGGGGCGAGGCGGCGGAUGAGGAGGAGGAGGUCUUGUGCAGCAAGUGUUGCAAUGUUUGUUGUUGGGGAUGUUGAUGAUGUUGUUGAUGCUGUUGUUGUUCCUCGGCGCUCGUAAGGCUGUCGCUCUUCAAAAUGCUGUAGAGGAUGCUGUUGUUGCUUCGACCGCUCGCACCCCGACAGCGGCAGCCCUCCAGCGCGGCCAUGGCCGCUCUACAUGGGCCGGAGCUCAGUGCGUCCCGCCGUCUCUUUGAAGCGCCGGAGGGUCUGGGGAAAUCAGUGUGUUCGAAUAUGCUCACACUGCAUGGGCUUGGCAUCGGGUGAGUCAUACUUAUAUGUUAGCGUGUGUUUGUUUAGGUCUGUAAGGAUUCGAUUGCUUUUAACAUGUACCUGGACUGUUCAAUGCGCAUAGAAGCAGAAAUACCAAACAUGUGUUUCUGCGGCCUUGAGACUUCACAGGGCUGCGACUGCGGCGCUCUGCUCGGUAAACACAGUUUCCUCUUGUGGCUCUCUGUUUGGACAGGAAACAAGGAAGCUGAUCAAACACUGGCUCAGAAGGCCACAGCUGCACUGAGCUGGAAUGGAGUCGCAGGUCUUUCAAAGCACUUUGAAUAAGAGGAAACAUGAAAAAUAACAUGUCACCGUUGGCGUGCAAAUCCAUCAGUUUUCAGCCCCGCUGAGUUCCUCAUUUGCGCUCGUGCAAUAUUUUCCCAAAAUAAAUCAUGCGGUGUAGAUAACCGUAUCUCAAGCUUGUGUUUUGUUUACACUGUAGAGGAACCGGCAUCAGACACUGUGUUGAAUUUGGUGUUAGUGCCCCAACUGCCUGCAUGCUACAGAUUUACAACCCAGUGCUGGUGACAUCAUAGAUUAGCAGGGUGCGGAUGAUAGGAAACAUGAGCUGGAUGGAUGGAUGUUGAGGUGAGGGAGGGGGAUAGACAGUGAAGGGGGGACGCAUGAAAGAAAUUAGACAAGUAGGAGGUGUGUGUCAAAGUCAUUUGGGUAAAGAAGUUAGGUGAUAAUGCUUCCCCCUUGUGACCGUUUAUUUAACUGCAGACUUUGCAUCAACUCAUUAAUGAUAUCGUCAUCAUUUGCAGCAGAGAAUGGGAUCAGACAUAAACGACCAGUUUAUUUGUGUGGAGUAUAUCUUUGAUCACAACAAUAUAUAUUUAUAAGCAACUGAUUUAGUUGUGGCAUUCUGUACUGUUCUAUCUGUUGAGGUGCACAAUAUCAACUGAUUGCAUCAGGCUUUGUAUUGUCCUUCAACAGACGUGUCGAUAAUCAACAUAGAGUUCAUCUAACUAAAAUGGAAAGAGUCUUUGUCUGUCCCUCUGAACAGUUCAUCUGAUCGACUUCGCACUUGGCUUAUUCGCGUAUUUAAGUGUGAACUUUUCAGAUCUACAGAACAUAUUUAUUAGACGCGUUAUGUACACACUGUGUAAUGUAUUUAGAAGGUACUUCUAUUAAGUGUUGCACCGCUGAACGGCAUUCUGGGUACAGCUUGCGCUCUGUUGCUUGCUACGGAUCGGAGCACCGAUGAAGAAAGCAUGAGUUUCUUCCACUGAAAUAAACAAUAAUGGAUCAAACUGUUACAUAUUAUUUUGAAUCUGUGUCCUAAAUGAUGGACCAUCAUGUUCUUCUGCACUUCACCAGAGAGGGACAUUUUUGUCAGAUGAAGAAACAAUAAAGAGAUGUACAAAGUGUUAAUCAUUACUCAGAGAAGUGGCCAGCAGUACAAUAAGUAGGACAAUGUUGUUGACGUGUUGCAAGGCGGGGGGGAAAGGAAAGAUCAGUUUAAAUUUUCAGUUCCUGUUUUUAUUGUCCUUAUAGAGAGGGAAAACUGCACAACAAUAGCUCACCACAUGAACGUACACCAUUUGAUAUGAUCAUAUAAUCAUACACCAUCCUCUCCACAGCUCAUGAAAAUAAAAUAAAUUAAUACAGUAAUCGGUUUGAUUUUAUUUUCAUGGUGAUAAAACUCAAAUGAAAGGGAGAAUUGAUUCGGCGGGUGCCUUGAUACUGGGGUUACUCUUCUUUAUUCUCUGUGAGUUGCUCCCUGGAUGCCUCAUUUGAAAUCUGCAGAAAGGGAGUGCUGAUCACACUUGACUGCAUGUCGCCAGCCACCCGCAGAAGGCAGCUGAGGACCAUGUCCUUGGCCAGGCCGGCCUCCAGGUUCCCUUCCCGGCUCAGCUGCAAAGUGAUCUGGUCUAGGCUGGUCAGGACCAGCUCUGAGCCCAGCAGAGGGCGAAUGGGGCCAGGGGCCGAAUCCGUACCAGGGGCCCCUUCCCUGGCCAUGUUCUCCAUCAUGUAUUGCUGGUACAAAUCCAACAGUUUCUGCUCCAGGUAGUGAUUGAGAAGAGAGUUGGAGAACGGACCUUCGCGGCCCUGGAACAAAAAGCUCCGAUCACGGACACUCCCCGGUCUCCAGCGGUUUGAACCCCCCCUCGGUGGAUGCAGAAGUCCACCCUGAGAUGUCUUUCCUGGGGGAGAAUCCUCCACAGCCGGGGGGACAUCACAGGACUGGAGGAAAGGGCCGACAGCCUGGGCGUCAGUACAGAGCCGGAGCUCUCCAUCAUUAGUCGAGAGCGGCAGCACCUGGUCGCCUCCAAUGUGGAGGUCGCUGUAGUUUUGGCAGAUGCUCUGACAGAAGGAGGGGACCAGGAAAGGGGCAUCGCCAAAUGAGCGAGCCGGAGCUGGGAUCUCUAUCUGCGGAGAGAUCUGUCUGCUGUCCAAGGACCGCAGCGGAGAAAUGAGCAACUCUGAAUCGCUCCUGUUGUCCAUGCAACCUGUCAGCUCGGGGGAGUUGUGGUGAACGAGUGGAGUGUGUCUGACGGAGCCUGGCACCAGGGUAGCAGCGGCUCUCGGCAGCCCAAAAGCCCUCUGGGGAGCUUUCUGAGGAAGGGGUGAAUCCAGCUCCUCCAAUUCACCAUAGGUCAUACUCAACAAUCUGCCUUCACAAAGCAUGGCUGCAACAAAGAGCACAUUUGCAGAAGCUGUUAGCCGAGUUAUGUCAGCACACCACAUGUUUUCAACUUGUGAUAAGAUGCAAGUGUCAACAUAGAUGUAUCUAUUCAUUCAGUGUUUAUUCUCGUAUCGGCAUUGGACUAAUGCCGUAUACUGUGCCACACAACAGUUAUAGACUCUAGACAGCUAGUUUGCAAAUACAAACACACAAAACUCAACAAACAAUACACAUUAAACAGCACAAAACACAACAACGCAAUAAAAUGACAACAAAACUCUAUGACAAACACCGGAUCAUUCAUGAGUACAUGAAUGAUACCUCUUGAAAAAGCUGUUUCAACUUCGGAUGGAUCGGAUUCCUGAUUCAUCCAGAGUUCUGUGGGUCAGGGGGUUAACACAUUGAUCCCCAAACAGAAAAAGACAUCUGUCCAAAAAGAGGAUUUCAUGAAAGAACAAUUUAUCUCAUAUAAUAAUCAAAAGAUGAAUCCUAUUCCUCUGAAACAAACAUCUUACCUACGUUGGACCAGAAUCACAGUCUCUGUCCUCCACAGUCUUUACCACAUAAGCACUUCUUAAAAAAAUAUCGUUUUCUAUCGAGACAGCCUACAAACACCCACCUGCAGACUGUAUUCCAUCCAAGAUCUGCAUGAACAAGAGUGCAGUUUUGUGUGAGGGUUGUUUUAUACCACCCCAAGAGGAAGUGGGAAUGUGAAAUAUUUUCUGUUUUACCAUUUCUGCAAACCGAAUGUUGCAGCUGGAUUACUCAUGAAUACAUUCCAACUCACCAUUUUCAAAGGAUUGUUACAGAUAGGCUGAGCAUAUCCCGCAUCUAGUUCCUACUUUUGUAAAUGAUAUCUAUUUUACAUCCUCACACGAGGACGCAUCCACCUCUGCAUUAGUAUUUCCUCUUGCCCAAAUGAAGUGAAAUGACAGAUGUGCUAUUGUUAUGAAUGCAACAUAAAAUGAAACCACAGUUUUGUUUCUUUGUAAGAGUAACAGGUGUGUAAAGGGAAAAGCAGAAAAGAAAGUUGUAAUUAAUAUGAUCACAAUUAACUGAUUCCUGUUUUCGUUUUCUGAUAAGUUCCACCACAAAUUCUGAGUUUCCUCUCAGUGAGGACGUGCAUGUUUUCAGUCAAAUAACUGCUGUUCGGAGCUCCUAGCUUUACCCAUCCGCCGCCAAAAGCAGAAGUGUGACCUCACGCUCGGUUAUGUAACCCACAACUCAUCAGUUCCUCCUUGAAACCGUGCAUCUUCAGCAUGUUUUAUUUUUUUAUAUUUCUUUUGGUCAUUUUUGCAUUUUUUUGACCGUGUAGGAAUGUGGUGGAGGGGUGGAGAAAGAGAGCUCUGUGUGACAUCCAAUAAUGGUCCAAUGGCUGAAAUUGAACCUGGGACAUUGUGGUUUUAUAGCAAUGUGCUUUUACCACUCGGCUAAUCAAAUAAUCCCUCCUUUUAGUAUUCUACGCCCAGAUUAAGUAAAUGCUGUAAAUUAGCUUGAGACCUUGGAAUGAUACUUAAUUUCACCAGUUGUGAAAUAGUUUUUUUUUUUUUUUUAUUUGCGCACCUCUGUGGUAGAAACGUUUUUGUAUGAAUCUUAUUUCUGGUGAAAGUGGUGGAAACUUUCAGGCUGUAUUCAAGGCCGCAGAUUUUUCCAAGAUGAAAGUACCUUGUCUUUGUCUGCAUAUAUGACUCGCUCCAGUUAAGACUCUUGUAUUCAGACUUCCUCUGCUUGCAGCAGGUAAGCCCAACAAUAGAAGCACAUGAAACACGAGAGACCAUGUUUUAUUAUUCAUCAGGCGAGGACACCUAGACAUAAGUCAACAUCAUAUAACUUCGACUUUGUUACAAUAUCCUGGUCAUUCAUUGUAGAAUUAUUUAUUUUGAUCUUUAGAGCCUCUUCAUAUAAACCCCAGAAAUGUGAACACUUUAACCCACCUACUGUUCAACCUAUCGUGUAUGUUCUUUUCUAAGAUCUCUUGUUUGGUCGACACAUGGUUUAUUAAGAGGUGGAUUCACAUUCACAAGCAAGGACACUACAGGCCCAGAGUCCAUUGGAUUGCUGGCUGUUGUUAUUGUGUCCACUAACUCUUGUAUGAGUCGGGAUAUCUGACACAGGCCUGCUGCUCAGUAGUAUUGGUAGCGCAAUGUGUCGAGUUACCGACCCGUUGCCACAGCAAUGUUGCCGAGCAACAUCCGACAACAGUGGAGACACGCUGAGAUCAGGAUAGACGAGAGACCCGGACCUGUUUUUGCUUUUGUGUGAGGAGGGGCAGCCGUUUCGCAAUUUCAGCACCCUGGACAGCGACCGGUCACAGUGAGCAGCUUCUGUCGGGUUUAAAGGCGUUUUCAGUUUGUUUGUUUUGAGACACAUUGGUCUGCUUCAAGGGACGGAUAUGGAUGGAUGCUUCACAAACUCUAUGGAAGUUAAGUCUGUAAGCCUGAAAGACUCCAUUUAGAGGAAUGUUGAAGAAGAUUAAUAAUGUGUUCCGUCCCAACCAUCCCGGACACAGAGGGCAGGAUGGUGGUGGUGGUGGUGGUGGGUUUCGGUCCGAGCAGGACUACCACAAUGCCUGCACCGUCAGGCUGGUCCGCAGCACCUCCAUGCUCGUGGUGGGAGAGAAAAGUCAUGCAGCCGUGGGCUCAACUUUAAAACGGAGCAAAAGUACGGUGAGCAUCGAGUCGACCUUGUACUAUUAUCAGAGACAAGAGGACAGGAUAUGGCUCUACUCUCAGAAUCAGAACUGCCUGGAGUACCUUGAAGCACUCGUGGCUUUGAGACGACAAUACACAAAGAGUGUGAGCGACUUGAAAAGCAACCAUGCCAAGACCACAGUAUCCUCCAAGAAGAAGCCUGCACCCCCGCCGCCUACAAAGGAAGAACCGAUAUCAAGAGCCAAACCCUCUGCACCUCCAGUCCCCAGCGAGGAGGACACUUUGCAGUUCUUUGAUGCCGUCAUCGCAGGCUGCGACAGCGAACCUCUGCGCAAACCGUACGUGGAUGAUGGACAUGCAGACGUGGACUUCAUAGUGGCUUCCAGCUCGGCCGAGCACGACCUCCACUCCAACUGGGUAAUGCGGGUUCCUCGGGUCGCAGAUGAUUCCAAGCAGAAAGCAGUUCAUGCCUGUGCCAAGGAACGCGCCCCGAAGAAGAAGAACCAGAGCGGGUCCACGAGCAGCAGACUGCGGCUGCAGAGGAACCCGAUCCAUCUGCCCAAAGUGGUGGAGAGUGCAUUCCAGACUCUGCGCUUCAAGCCCAAAUUAAAAAAGCAGUGACGCUUGAUAGACAUUUGAAACCACCAGCGCUGCCACUCUGUUGACGUAGAGCUACACUUAGUUUGUAUGAUCUGCUAAAACUCCAUCCAGACAAUUAAUACUGACAUCAAAUAUUUAAAAGGAAUUUUAAUAAAGCAAAUGUAAAAAAAUGUAAAAACAAAUGUCCAGCUGAUGACGUCAAGUUAAUUCUUCGUUUUUCACAUUAGAUAUUUUGACUUAGUUGGAUAACCACAGCUGUUAGUAAUAACAUGAAGGAUGUCUCCGUUCUAUUCAAGAGUCGGGUUUUCUAAAACGUUGAUCAAUAUAAACAUCAAUAUCCUGCUAUUAUACAUCAAUUGGAUGUCACUUUAAAUAACAGAAUAUUAAAUUGAUGAUUUUUACAGCAUGGUCUAAAAAAAAACAAUCCUUGCGACGUCUCAAGAUUACCACAACCUUUAUAUAUGUAAUAACAUAGUGUAUGGAAUAUAGGUUUAGUCGUUUAUGGAUCAGACCUGCAGUGGUGGAAGAAGUAUUCAGCACUAUACUCUUACAAAAUACUUUAAUAAUAAGUACUUAAGUGUUAUAAGAGAAUGUGCUUAAAAGCAUAAAAAGUAAAAGUACUUAUUAUUCAGAAUGGCUCCUUUCAGAAUGUUAUAUUAAUAUAUUAUUCUGUUUUAAUCACUAACGAAUAGAUGCAAGAGCAUUUGAAACUUGCAGUUGGUCAACGUGGAACCAAGUUGAGAUAUUUGAUAUACUAUUCUGUAAAUUAAUAGUAUAUUACUGCAUCAUGUAAGUGUAUCAUGUCUUUGUUUUUGUUUUUAAGUAAAAUCGUAUUCUCAAAAGUAACUAGUAACAUAGUUGUCAAAUAAAUGUGUGUGAAACAUAGAAAAAGAUUUUCCCUUUGAAAUGUAGUGGAGUAGAAGUAUAAAGAUAAAUACUAAUACUCCAAUUCACUUCUCGUCCACCACUGGUAAGGUGGCCUUAAAGCCAUAUCUUAGAGUGCUAAUACUUAGCAACAUACAAACAUUUGGUUAAAAAUAAAAAUGCCAAAAUUCCUUUUCCUUAUUAUUGUAUUAAUCUCAUUCAAACCACAAUAUAAAAUGAAAAACAUUCGUCAAAUACAUUUUCUUGUCUUUAUUACAAAUGUUUCAUAUACAAAACCAGAAACUACACAACAUUCAUUUCUUCUCUGCUUUGGCUUUGGGACUGAAGAAGGAGAACAUAGUCUUCAUGCCGGUCUUGUCCGCCUUGGCCAGAGAUUUCUGAGCCGCAGUCAUCUUCUUGGGCGGCUGGAAUAAAGGAGAAGGGAAAAAAAAAUAAAAAAUCAAUAUAACUCCACACCUUUCAUUCUAAAUCAAGCACGUCAUUUCUAGCCGAGAAAAUACAUUGUUCCACAAGGUAAUCUCCUCUGACCCAUAUGUGUAUGCUACA